AUGGCAGACUACAAAGUAUACAGAGACCAAAAGUUUCUUCUUCCUCGCCGCUACAAACUCAUCAAGGUGCUUGGAUCAGGCUCCUAUGGAGUUGUUUGCCUGGUGGUCGAUACCAAGGCACGAGACCAGUGCGUGGAGUUGGCGGUAAAGAAAGUUGGGCGAAUCUUCAAGGACCCUAUCUUGAUGAGAAGGGCUAUUCGGGAGCUUCGGCUCAUGAGGUUCCUCAGGGGCCACAGAAACAUUGUAUCUCUCAUAGAUGUGCAAAUGGUCACUAUGGAGGCAUACGCCGGGGUUUACUGCUACCAGGAGCUCAUGGACUGGGACCUCAACGAUGUAUUGGUUUCGAGAAUGGAGCUUCUGGAGUUCCACAUCCAGCAUCUCGUCUACCAGAUCCUCAAGGGACUCAUGUACACUCACAGCGCCAACAUCAUCCAUCGAGACUUAAAGCCGGGGAACAUUUUGAUCAAUCGCCUGGGUACCAUCAAAAUCGCCGACUUUGGGCUUGCAAGAGGCAUCACAAGUGCUCCUGCUGCCUCCAGUCCCAUCACGAACCAUGUAGCUACUCGAUACUACCGAGCUCCAGAGCUCUUGUUUUUAGAGACGAAAUACGGCAAGGAAGUGGACAUGUGGGCCGUUGGGUGUAUUUUAGGGGAGAUGUACGGGCGGCGUCCCAUGAUGGCCGGGAAGGAUUCCUUAGGCCAAUUGGUGAAAAUCAUUGAGAUGCUCGGGCAGCCUACGAAAAAGUUGUUGAGAAUUAGAGGGUGGCUCAUUCCACUGGAAUUGAAAAAAAUACGGGUCGAGGAUUCGAUAGAGAAGUCGCUGGCGAGGCUCGCUAGAAUCAACAAGAAGCGGUACGGCAAAUUGUACCCUUUUGCAAGCGAAGACGCCAUUGAGCUCUUGGACAGUCUUAUUCGGUGGGACCCAAAAGCACGGUUGACGGUGGAGCAGGCAAUCGAGAGCCCUUUUUUCCACAGCGUGAGAAGUGUUCCUGGAGAAAGUACUGCUCCAGGCAUCUUUGAAUUCGGCGCCGAGGAGGAGAUCGAACACUUGGACGAGCUCUCUCAGAUGCUCUACAACGAGGUGGAAGAAUUUCAAGCACAACGAGUGGCAGAGGAAACAUUGGUGAGGCCGCCGAGAAGGCAGAUAGAGAAGGUGGAGACGGAGGGAAGCAGCGCGAGGUUGAGGAUGACUGGCAAUGUGUGA